CACUCACACCGAUACCACUAUCAAGCACCAGAAAUCAGUAGCCUCGAUUUUAUCAUCAUCCUCAAUUAACAUGGGUUCUCAUUCAACUUUAAAACGUAUCAAUCGAGAGCUUACCGAGUUAAAGAAAGAACUUCCUGAAGGUAUUCUUUCAGCCGGUCCUAAAUCAGACUCAAACCUUUUUGAGUGGGUAGGAUCGAUUGCUGGUCCAGUAGGGUCUUGCUACGAAGGCGGUGUAUUUCAUUUUAAUAUCAUCUUACCUCACGAUUAUCCAUUUCGACCACCCAAGGUUUCAUUCCAGACUAAAAUCUAUCACCCGAAUAUUAAUGCGGAGGGAGGCAUCUGCUUGGAUAUCUUGAAAAAUCAAUGGUCGCCAGCUCUUAAAGUACUCAAGGUUUUGCUUUCUAUCUCCUCGCUGUUGACCGACCCGAACCCAGCCGAUCCCCUUGUACCGGACAUCGCUAGGCUUUACUCUUCCAAUCGUCCGUUGUUUGAGACCACGGCAAAAGAGUGGGUCAAUCUUUACGCUCGACCUCCAUCAUCACGUUCAAAAAAGACCAGCCUACCCGGUCCACAGGCCAGUAACAAAUCAAACAGGCCAAAACCCGCGUCACUGGCUAGGGCAUUGCCCGAGGUUGUUGACGAGAUUGAGUUCAUUGGCACUAGCCAGCCUCAAUCAGCCAGCUCUAGUCGUCCUACAAUCAAGAAGCGUGCGGCCGAUGAGGCACUGGCCCGUGGCAGCACGAGCGGCACUAAUCAAUUGUCUACAACGGCAAGCGCAGAGGGUAGCCAAAGGAAGCGACCAAAGAACCAGGUGAUUGAACUGGAUUGACGUCUUUGUCAUCUUCUUAUCAUGAAAGCUCAACGUGCACCACCCUGAAUGGGGCUGUACUCUGUUUAUCGACAAUUUUUUCUUAGCUAUGUAACAUGUCUUUUGUUCGGAUCUCAAUGGUAGUCUUGCUUUUAUCGUAUCUUCACUUUUCACUGGUCAUCUUCAAUCGUUGCAGUUUUUUUUCUAGGCUUGUACUGCUUACAACUCAUAAUCACAGACUUGGUUGGUAUCCCUUUCUAGAGUUUUCUUUUAUGAACUCUGCUUGUACGGCAAUUUCAUAUCUUAACAUUAGUAAAUCGUCAGUGCAUAAACUUUAUACUUUUUUUGAUUUCUUUUCCAUUUACCCU